AUGGCUCCCAUCGACGAGAAACCCCCUACUGUUGAUAAUAUCGAGGAUAUUGAGGGCAAGAGCCCGCCCAGUGAAGAUGAUGAGUUUACGCCGGAGGAGCAGAAGAAGAUUAUUCGACGGGUUGACUUGAGACUUGUUACUAUGACUGGAUUGGCUUAUUGUAUUUCACUGAUGGAUCGGACUAAUUUGAGUAUGGCUGCUGUUGCUGGAUUGAAAGAGGAAUUGAGGUUGGAUAUUGGACAGCGAUAUUCCAUCAUCGUUUUGAUGUUCUUCGUGCCCUACAUCCUCUUCCAACCACCGAUGACUAUUAUCAUCCGCAAGUUGGGCCCGACUAUGUUCCUGUCGUCGAUCAUUAUUUGCUGGGCUGCUAUCAUGAUAGGAAUGGGAUUCGUCAAGGAUUGGGGCCAAUUGGUUGUCACACGUGUGCUCUUGGGUGUCCUAGAGGCAGGAUAUUUCCCUGGCUGUGUUUACCUGCUCUCUUGCUGGUAUACUCGAUAUGACGUCCAAAAGCGAUUCUCUAUUUUCUAUCUCAUUGGAUGUGUUGCCUCAGCGCUGGCAGGUAUUCUCGCUUUCGGAUUGAUGCAGUUGAAUGGAAAGCACGGUCUGACUGGCUGGCGGUGGAUCUUUAUUCUUGAAGGAGUGAUUACCGGCUUCAUCGGCAUCCUAUGCUUCUUCUUCCUCGUCGACUUCCCAGACCGCGCACACAAGUCCUGGCGUUUCCUCAACGAACGUGAAUGCCAAUUCAUCGUCCGCCGCAUCAACGACGACCGUAACGAUGGCAAUCUCGAAGCCUUCUCCAUGAAAAAGUUCCUCAAGCCCGCACUGGACAUUCAUAUCUGGGGCUUCGCAAUGAUCUUCUUCUGCCUCACAACUGUGACCUACGCAAUUGCCUACUUCCUCCCAAUCAUCCUCCGCCUCGGAAUGGGCUACGGCGUCGGCGAAUCGCAAUGCCUCGUCGCACCACCCUACGCCUUCGCGGGAAUCGUCAUGUACGGCACAGCCUGGGUGGCCGAUAAAUAUCACAUGCGCGGACCGAUCCUGAUCUUCAACGCCUUGCUCGCCAUUAUUGGGUUGCCGAUGAUGGGCUUCGCCAAGGGGGAUGCGACACGCUAUGCGGGAGUGUUCUUCACUGUCGCUGGAGCCAAUGCCAAUAUCCCCGCUUGUAUGGCGUACCAAGCGAACAACGUGCGUGGACAAUGGACACGUGCCUUUUCCAGCGCUACUCUUGUCGGAUUUGGUGGCCUUGGUGGUAUCGUGAGUAGUUUGGUUUUCCGUGAACAGGACGCGCCCGGUUAUCGGCCCGGAAUGUAUGCCGCUAUCGCGUGCAACAUUCUUAUCAUCAUCUUGGUUAUCGCGUUGAGUUUGUGGUUCAGACACUGUAAUAAGCAGGCAGAUCGGGGAGAGCGGGAAAUCGAGGGCGACGCUCAGUUCCGAUAUACCAUUUGA